AUGGCUACCAAAUUCGUUCCUUUCUGUAGCCGUUCUCUUCCGUUUUCUUCUUACCUCGUUGUUUUCACACUCAUUCUGUCGUUUGCGCGCCCAAACCUCGCCGCGUAUGUCCAGAACAAGGAUUGCUUCCCGCUGUUGGCGGCCUCUGGCCAGUCUGUCUCGUCUCAGUCCCACCUGGCCGCGGAGAGCCUAAACGCAAUCCUCGAAGACGACGGCGAUGGAAGCCGGUUGAAACUCCGGAUUAUUGGCGGUGUUCCAGAUGCAUCGUCGUGUGAGCAGACCCUGCGCCAAAAUAUCACCGCUGGCGUGACGUUGCUGGAACUUGGAGGCUCAGAUCACCUCUCAGGAGACAUCGUCAAUGUGUCCUGCUUCGCUUCGCCCUGGGCCAAAAACGGCGCCAAAGAGUGGAAGGGAGUGUGGCAAAUCGAGUCUCAGCUCGAACGCCCGCAUGCACUGGCGGCUUUCAAGCUCAAUGUCGACUUCCGUGGUGCCGACAACCUCCCGGUCGGCUGUGUCGAUGGCUUCCUGACCCCAAGCAUCGGCAAGGCCGCGUACGAAGCCUGUCUUUGGGGCCCAUUGGUGGUGUUUCUGCUGGUAAUUCUCGCCGCUGGCUGGCGAGAAGUAUCGAAUGCAGGCCGGAUUGAUGAGGAGGAAGAGGAGGACGAGAGCGGUCCCAAUCCUCAAGGGACAGGCCGCCUUCACCUAACGAGAAUCGCCGACUGCUUGUCGUACAUCCAGUUCAUCUUCUUCUCCGGAGCGCUCAGCCUACGGUACCCGGGAUUUAUCCAACCUGUCGUCAGCCCGACCAGCUGGUCUACUUUGAUGCUGCCCCGGGGUCUUGUCAUCCAGCACAGCGUCUAUUACGGCGUGCGCGAUGGCAUCUACGAACUCAAUGGGACCUUUGGUGGAACGCCCGGGCUGGAGCUCAUGACGCAGGUCAUCGGCGCCCCAGUCACCAUGCAUACCUGGACCAACAUCGUCUCGCUCGCCAUCCUCAUCCUCAUCUUGCUCUUCUGCGUCAUCCAGAUUGGACUCCGCCUGACGUGGACGCGCGACUGGUUCCGAGAGGCGAGCUUCUGGACGCUGCAGGGCUCUAAUGCCGACCGACGCAAGGCGACGACGUGGAUUGUGCUGCGGGUAUUCCUCAGCUACUUCCUCAUGCCCAUAGUUGCGUGGACCGCCUACCAAAUCGAGCUGGUCAGAGCCCUGCCCAAGUACUAUGUUGUCACCGCAAUUAUUGUGAUUUGUCUGGUACUUGUCGCUUGCUGGUGGGGGAUGUCUCAAAGGAGCCCGCAGAACAUGGGCUAUCUCAUCAUCGAUGGGUUCCAGGAGCAGCAGAUGAGCGAUCCCACGUCUCGAACCCAAGACCUGUACACAUUGAUCACAUUUGUGCUGCUGUUCGUUCGUGGAGCCGUCAUCGGUGGCUUACAGGACUUCGGACCUGCUCAGUUGGCCGUCUUGAUUGGGUGUGAAGUCGCACAACUGGGCUUCACCGCCUGGGCUUGGUCAAUUUCCGGCUUGUUAUCCAGGGCAUCGAUGAUGCCAUGUGUCAGGAUAUGCGUUCUGCUCGCAUUAAUUGCUACGAUCCCAAAAGUGGCUAGUUAUGAAGCCAGCAGCGCCGUUGGCUACUCAGUCCUGGUGUUUCACGCCCUUGUCUUGGCCUUGCUGUUUCUUGUCCCCGCAUUGUACGAGAUUGCCGAGCUUUCCCUAGCCGCAUUCCAGCACAAGAGGGUUCCUGUACUGGUCAAUGAACAGGAAAGACCCAAGAUCUAUGGCCUUCGCCAACUCCACAGGCGUCCAAACGCGAUGAACAACCUUUCCGUUCCGGGGAUGGACAACUUCAAUCAAAGCAGUCCGUCCAGUCCCAGCUCAGACUGCCCUUCGUUCCGCUCCCCUCGGAUUUCAUCAUUGGAAUCCGCGCCUUCGUCUCCAGAGCCACUGAGGACGCAUUUCCGCCCGGCCAGAUCCGUGACGUCAAUCGCGAAUCUCCUCGAGAAAGGCCAGCCCCAACGAGUGUCGGGAUCUUCAUCUGACGAGUCCCGCAGCUCGAGCAGCCACAGUGACGCAGGGUUAGCAACGCAGGACCUACCGAUCCCUCGAUCUACAACCCCAGGCGUCGACUAUUCAUUCCGGGAAGCAGACCUGUACUACGUCCGCCCCCGCCAGCUUUCGUUCCGCCAAAAUGGAACGAAUUCUGAUGCUGCGCCGGUAGGGUUCAUGCAGAAACUACAAUCCUGGGCGCGGGGACAAUGA